AUGGCGUUCAGCGGGACCCAACAAAAGUGCAAGGCUUGCGAUAAAACUGUCCACUUCGUCGAAUCUUUAUCUGCCGAUGGAGCUGUUUAUCACAAAAACUGCUUCAGAUGCAGCCAUUGCAAUGGUCUUCUUGUGAUAAGCAACUACUCAUCGAUGGAAGGAGUUUUGUACUGCAAGGUUCACUUUGAGCAGCUUUUCAAGGAAACUGGAACCUACACCAAGAAAUUCCAGUCGGCUGGAAAGCCUCCAAACGAGCUGUCUAGAGCCCCUAGCAAACUUUCAGCUUUCUUCUCUGGAACUCAAGACAAAUGUUCAAAAUGCAAGAAAACCGUGUAUCCAUUGGAAAAGUUGACCGUUGAAGGUGAGUUUUACCACAAAUCAUGCUUUAGGUGUGCACAUGGAGGAUGUUUCCUCACUCCUUCAUCCUAUGCUGCUCUUGAUGGAUUUCUGUAUUGCAAGCCUCACUUCUCUCAGUUGUUCAAGGAGAAAGGUAGUUAUAGUUAUCUAUCCAAGACAGCUUCCAUGAAGAAGAACGAAGAGCAAAUGGCUGCUGAGAAAACUGAGGAUAAGACAGAGUCAGAAACAGAGAAAGAGACAGAGAAGACAGAGACAGAGGCAGAGGCAGAGACAGCAAAGGAAGCAGAACAAGGUGACGAUGAUGCUGUCCCCGCGCAAGAGUAG